AUGAUGAACACGUUGAUGGAAGCGACGAGUCCGAAGAAGAUGGCGAAGAGGAAAGUGAAUGGAAGAGCCAAGAUUGAGACGAGACGAAUAACUGAUAAAGAUGCUUACCUUCUGCUCUCCCUCUCCCUUCUUCUGACAUCUCUUCCACCAGCACGUCUUCUCUUUCUUCUCCUUCACUGGCUCAUCAUCUCCGGCGGCGACGGCUCCCUCCUCAACAUUGGCAACAUCUCCUCCGGCAGUCUUCUUCUUUCCCCAGGUGAACCAGUUCUUCUUUGGCUUCGGCUCUUCUGGAGCGACGACGGCGGCCUCUCCCUCGGUGGCGACAGUGUCUGGCGCGGCGACGGCGGCGUAGGUGAGUGGGAUCUGCUCCUCGGUCUUGGUGUCUUGUUCGGUGGACAUGAUUUGAAGUUAAGUUGGCUGGAAAAUCGGAGGUGUAUAGAAGAUAAGGACUCAGUGGGAUUCAGAAGAGAUUACGCAUACAAAAAAAUCAAUGAGUACAGGGGGUGA